ACGACACCCUUCUACUUUGCAAACCCUCAUAAUCUCUGCUUCAGUAUAGUCUAAAUCUCUGAGCAACAACAAUAUCAGGCGCCCUUAGCCAGUACAAGCACCAUACAAAAAGUAAUGCUCCGCGAUUCCGAGGAUCGUCUUGACCAUUUGAAGGAUGCAGUGUCAUACACGUCCCUUAAAUCAAAUAUGAAGUCGAGAAUCCAGCCCAGCAUUACUCCAUCUACACCGAAUGCGGCCGCUCCAAAUGAAGUUGAUAGAAAGAUACCAUCGAGGCAGCCUAGUUUGUCCAAGUCGAGGGAAACAGACGUGGUAGACGGCCAGUUAACCCCACCUGACACUAUAUUGGCGACUCAAACUAAGAGUCGUGAAGAUCAGUCCGACAAGCAAUUGCCAACGAUUAUGUCGGACAAACAAUUUGCCCAAAUUUUGACUUCGGAACCGGAUCAACUUAGCUCCUCCGCUGAUGAUGAUUUACAUGACACCUCUGUCUUAGUCGAUCCACGUGCAGCAAUUAUCAACCCAUCGCCACGGCCCACGAUCGACUCCAUGCAAUCUAAUGAUACUUUUUUUACGGCAGUGUCAAAAGAUGAAAGCGUAGAACAAGGACAAGGCGAGAACGAAGAUGCCAUAGAAUCUGAGGAUAUAGACUAUGAAACAGCUUCCACCGUAAGCUCUAGAAGUACAAUUAAGCAAUCCAUUCACAGCCAUGAGACUUUACGAACUCCAUCACCACCAAGUCGCAGUACAUCCUUGCCAGUAGCAUCCGCCAAUAAAAGCACAAGCACCGAUGAUCAAACACCGGCGCAAGCGAUUGCCCAACUAGUACGAGGCAGAACCGUCAAUUCCUCUCCCAGCUCUGAACAUCAAUCUCGUCGACAACCGCCUCCAAGCGCGAUUGAAAUUCCCGAAUCAUCGCAAACUGUUCCUCGUAUUGAAGAACACUUGGCAUCCCCAACAUCUAUACCCUCUGAAUUUAUGAAUAGGAAUGCGAAGUCUGUGGAUUUGGGCCUUUUAAUGGAGCGACCUAUAAUAGAACGGCGAAAGCGGUCAAUACGCAGGGAUGGUCAAAGUUCUAGGUCUCCACCAACGAGUCCUCAAGAUAGACCAAGAAAUUCGAUCGCCUCCAUUUCUGCUAUGUCCACAGUAAAUGACAUUUAUAUACCUAUCUCUCCACAUCCUUACGAGGCUAGCGAUAAUGAAGAACUAUUUUUGAAAAGCGAUACGGUCCUCUGUUCGAAAUCUAUCACCGCAUACAAUAAGGAGCCUAUGAUGUACAAAGCAUCAGUUGCAAAUCGAUAUCAUCGUAUGAAGGGAAAAUGGAGGGAGUAUGACCUCGUGUUAACCAGCAAAAGACUAGAACUUACGACAAACAAGCCGAUAGGAUCUCAGGGAAACCGGAUCAUACACUGUGUCCCUUUUCGAGAAAAUAACAAGGAGUAUUCUGUCCACCUUUCACUAUUAUCAAACUUGGAUUAUACCAUCAAACUCGAGCAUACCGAUUCAGCUAAUCGAAAUGUUACAACACUUAUCAUUAAAGCACGAACGCAAACCCAAUGUACAGAGUGGUACAUGGCCAUCUACAGAGCGUUACCGGAAUCAGACAAAAAACCAAUAACGCCAUGGACAGAAAUAUUUGUUCCAGACCUUAAUAUCCAAAUUCGGAUACCUUUGCAAGACGAGGGUGUCGUGUCAAAUCAAGUCAAUGUCACAGCUCAGUGUGUCGAGAAGGCGGCCAUCCAUUUGCUACAUAACGAUCAAACAUGGAACGAGCUUUUAACUAAUAUAUCAAACAGUCAACAAUUUGGGCUGUGCUGGACAAUCCACGAUAGAAUUGAAUGGAUACCGCUGGCCCCAAAACAUGGCCAAGUCUUGCAGUCUAAUUUUAUUAUUGGACCACAGAGCAUCGAACAGACGCAUACGCUCGAGCUUCGUGCAAUCGAGCACGCACCAGACUGCGUUACACUUCGGAACGGCGAAACUAUUGUCGAACCGCCAGCCAUUUCCGGAUUUCUGCAGCGAGAAAACAAUUACAAAGGGAAACAGUACUCGAAGAAGAGCUUAAAUAGCCGCAGAGUAUAUGUUUGCACUCAGCAGCAUCUCUUGUUCUUCGUUCCGUUCUACAAAAUAGACGCAAUAGAUCAUGUAGAGCAGUCGCCAACCAGUAUGAAAGGUUCUUAUAGUGCAAGGUCUUUUACCAGCUUCCAGCGAAGUUCAGCGUCGAACCUGAACCGACGUUUCAUGGAACCGAUGACUUAUUCAUCUACCGCACAUAUAACCGAUCAAACUGCACACCAUCGAGCUCUGCGUCGAAAAGUAGCCCGUAACGCUGCCAUCAUACAUAACGCAACUCAUCUCAUCAAUCUUCUAGAGGUUGUCGAUGUCCGGCCGAUGACGUCGCCAGGAGGAGCUGGCUCUUCCUCAUAUACCAAUAUCGCUCGCUUCUUCAGCAAUCAAAGUACUGGUGGUGUGUCAAAUAGUAAUUAUGCUAAUGAGGCAAACUGUUUCGAACUGGAGAUGCAAAAUGGUGUGGUUGCCAGACUACAGGCUGCCACGAUUGAAGCUAUGGAAGAAUGGGUACAGAGUCUGUACCAACUAAUACAGUAUUGGAAAGCUCGAAAGCAAGCAGAUCUUGCAACGCACGUUGCAGUCAAGCAAGCCAACCAUAAAUUAGUUCCGUUGCAUGACGUAUACCAUGAACAUGGCGAACAACCGUACCAAGAAACGAUGGCACUCUUCAUGGACGAAGUGGAAGAAGUGGAAGAGCCAAGAACGAUCGCCAACAGCCAGAUAUGGAAUAUUUGCAGUGUAAAUGGAUGCCAAAGUAUUGUGAAAUGCGGACCAUUGUACGUUAAACAUGCUAUUCGUCGCACGUUUUCUCAAAAGUAUGUUAUAUUGGGCGCCAAUCAAACUUUGCAUUACUUCCAAUACCUCUUCCGCAACCAUAUGACCGGACAGGUUUUACCAACUUCGACGCACGAGCACCAGAUGGCCAUUGAUCUGCGACAAACAUAUAUCUAUUCUGGUAGACAGUGUCUAGAAGAUAAGGUUGUUUACGACUUUGAGCGGCCUAAUCGAAUAUUCGCCGACGGUCUAGUAUCCAACGAUGAUGUCAAAGAAUGCAUUUUUGUACUUUGGCAACCUAAAAAAUCGACUGGGUUCUUUGGGUCCAAUACGUCUCGACUAGCUACGAAGGGAAACCUAUUCAUUUUCAUGGCCAGAAGUCGGCAAGAAAAGGAGGAGUGGGUCUGGGCAAUACAACAAUGUAUAGAUCGGGCCAGUAGAGAAAUCGUAGAAGAUCCAGUUACCUCCGAGCACAAUCCCAAUGAAAUCCCAAUACAACCCCUUCAUGCCCAGGAUACCAAUAGUUUAUAUACCAUUUGAACCAUGGCUUGUAACAUAAAAUAAACCCUUACCCGAACCAAACCCCCAAAGCAAAAGCACUUUUCGCAUGAAAAGACAGUCACACAGAGACCAACGAACUCAAAGACCCAGUGUCGAUCAAACUUUUG